AUGGCGGCCCAGACUACAGAAAAGCUGGAUAAGUUGGACUUGAACGGCCAACCAAACCCCACCGAAAACCAGGUCCCCGCGGAAGCGGAGGAGGACUCGGAAGACGGCGAGGAUGCCGCAGAAGCUGGAGCUGCUGGAGCCAGUUCAAUUGCAGCCGACAAGAAGAAAAAGAAGAGAAAGCCCAGAAAGAAGAGCAAGAAGAAGGGUGGUGCCAAGGUCCAGAGCGAGCCACCUCGCGUGCCCGUAUCCGACCUUUUCCCCAAUGGCGAUUACCCCGAGGGCGAGAUCGUUGAAUACUUGAACGACAAUGCCUACCGCACUACCAAUGAAGAGAAGCGAUACCUCGAUCGCAUGAACAAUGAUUUCCUGAAGGAAUACCGUCAAGGUGCCGAGGUCCACCGUCAAGUCCGCCAGUACGCUCAGAAGAACAUCAAGCCCGGUCAGACUUUGACUGAGAUCGCGGAGGGUAUCGAGGAUGCAGUGCGCGCUCUGACAGGCCACUCGGGUCUGGAAGAGGGGGAUAACCUCAAGGGCGGCAUGGGCUUCCCUUGCGGUCUUAGCAUCAACCACUGUGCUGCGCAUUACACGCCCAAUGCAGGCAACAAGAUGGUUCUGAACCAAGGAGACGUGAUGAAGGUCGACUUCGGUGCUCAAUUGAACGGUCGCAUUGUGGACAGUGCUUUUACUAUGUCCUUUGAUCCGGUGUAUGACCCGCUCCUUGCUGCUGUCAAGGAUGCCACCAACACAGGUAUUCGGGAAGCUGGUAUUGAUGUCCGUAUGAGUGAUAUCGGUGCUGCCAUUCAAGAAGCCAUGGAGAGUUAUGAAGUCGAAAUCAAUGGUACGAUGUACCCCGUCAAGUGUAUUCGCAACUUGAACGGCCACAACAUCGAGCAACACCUCAUUCACGGCGGAAAGAGUGUGCCCAUUGUGAAGAGCAGCACCGACCAAACCAAAAUGGAAGAGGGCGAAGUUUUCGCCAUCGAGACUUUCGGCAGUACUGGAAAGGGUUACGUGCGAGAGGAAAUGGAAACCUCCCACUACGCUCUCGCUGCUGAUGCUCCUAAUGUCCCCCUGCGUCUUUCCUCGGCCAAAAAUCUGUUGAAUGUGAUCAACAAGAACUUCGGCACCCUUCCCUUCUGCCGCCGUUACCUUGACCGUCUGGGUCAAGACAAAUAUCUCCUUGGUUUGAACAACUUGGUUCAAUCAGGCAUCGUCCAAGAUUAUCCUCCACUCUGUGAUAUCAAGGGCUCAUACACUGCCCAAUAUGAACAUACGAUUGUGUUGCGUCCGACUGUCAAGGAGGUUAUCAGUCGUGGUGACGACUACUGA